CCUCUGUUUAUACCCACAAGGCAAAGAUUAUGCCUCCCUUUCGUCUUCUUCCUCCCUCCCACCAUAUAGAAUCUGACAUGAACCUUGCACAAAGCCAAUUCAGCCAUGAAGGACUUUGCUACCUGCUUCAGAGAGCAGGCAAUCGAAACCACCGGCGAAUCAGCCGUCACUGAUACCUCUGCUCAUGCCAGAGCCACCACUUCCAUAUUCAGGGCCAGGCUCUGCUCCGGCGAAUCUGUCGUAAUCAACCUGACUUGGUCCACGAACCAGUUCUUCAUUGGGGUGAACGACGGCCCUGCAACUUCGAUCAAAGCUGAGCUCCUGAGGAAGAAGAAAGGCGUGCAUACGUUCAACAUUAGCUCCUCUUCCAUCUCCCUGUUAUGGGACUUCUCGGCCGCCAGGUACGGACCAAGCCCCGAACCCAUCGACGGCUUCUACCUCGCGCUUAUCAUCGACGCCGAGAUCGCUCUCCUUCUUGGAGACCAGACUGAAGAAUUCCUGAAAACGAUCAACGAGAAGCUCCCAAUGGCUGAUUUUUCAUUACAGUGCAGGAGAGAGCAAGUUACCGGGCGCUCAAUACACUCCAUUACUAAAGCAAAGUUUGGCGACGCAGGGAAGGUUCAUGAGAUAGGCAUGAGAUGCAGAGAUGGCAAGGAAGCAGAGCUGCUUGUUUCCAUUGAUAGAAAGAAGGUGGUUCAUGUGGAGAAACUGAACUGGAAUUUUCGAGGGAAUGAGAUCAUCUUCGUCGACGGAUUGCCGGUUGAUGUGAUGUGGGACAUGCAUGGCUGGUGGUUUGGUGGCUUCGUCGGCCAUGCCGUGUUCUUGUUCCGGCAGAGGAGGAAGGUUGAGAGCAGGCUGUGGUUGGAGGAGAGGGAAACCGUUGGUUUCUCUUUGCUGAUCCAGGCUUUCAGAAGUUGUUGAUGGUUCAUGUUUAGGAUAAAAUAUUAUGCC